CUGCAUAGCCUGAGAAUCCCAGUGGUGAGCGGGGAUGGCGGUUGUAGCGGCGGCUGCUGGCUGGCUACUGAGGCUCAGGGCGGCAGGGGCUGAGGGGCACUGGCGUCGGCUCCCUGGCGCGGGGCUGGCGCGGGGUUUUCUGCACCCCGCCGCGACUGUCGAGGAUGCGGCCCAGAGGCGGCAGGUGGCUCAUUUUACUUUCCAGCCAGAUCCGGAGCCCCGGGAGUAUGGGCAAACUCAGAAAAUGAAUCUUUUCCAGUCAGUAACAAGUGCCUUGGAUAACUCAUUGGCCAAAGAUCCUACUGCAGUAAUAUUUGGUGAAGAUGUUGCCUUUGGUGGAGUCUUUAGAUGCACUGUUGGCUUGCGAGACAAAUAUGGUUCAUACAUUUUGAAGACAAUCAGAGAAGGUGGAAAAGAUAGAGUUUUUAAUACCCCAUUGUGUGAACAAGGAAUUGUUGGAUUUGGAAUCGGAAUUGCGGUCACUGGAGCUACUGCCAUUGCGGAAAUUCAGUUCGCAGAUUAUAUUUUCCCUGCAUUUGAUCAGAUUGUUAAUGAAGCUGCCAAGUAUCGCUAUCGCUCUGGGGAUCUUUUUAACUGUGGAAGCCUCACUAUCCGGUCCCCUUGGGGCUGUGUUGGUCAUGGGGCUCUCUAUCAUUCUCAGAGUCCUGAAGCAUUUUUUGCCCAUUGCCCAGGAAUCAAGGUGGUUAUACCCAGAAGCCCUUUCCAGGCCAAAGGACUUCUUUUGUCAUGCAUAGAGGAUAAAAAUCCUUGUAUAUUUUUUGAACCUAAAAUACUUUACAGGGCAGCAGCGGAAGAGGUCCCUAUAGAACCAUACAACAUCCCACUGUCCCAGGCCGAAGUCAUACAGGAAGGGAGUGAUGUUACUCUAGUUGCCUGGGGCACUCAGGUUCAUGUGAUCCGAGAGGUAGCUUCCAUGGCAAAAGAAAAGCUUGGAGUGUCUUGUGAAGUCAUUGAUCUGAGGACUAUAAUACCUUGGGAUGUGGACACAAUUUGUAAGGGCUCUAUCCUACUGGGAAAGAUGAAAAAGGAGACAAGCGAUCUCUACUGAAUGAGAAAGUGAUGCAUCAGACCUCUGACUUAUUAGCGUCAUUAUUUUGUUUUGUUUUGGGAUGCUUUCAUCGCGUUGUGACAGUGAAAGCCAGCUUCUUGAUUGCUUUGGGUCUGUUUGAGACUCUCUUCAUUGCUGAUGAUGGUACCUCUCCUGUUUUCUUUUGAUGUAUCAAAAGAGGUAAAAUUUUGAUACUUAGCUUUUUCCUGCUAGGAUUUAGAGAUGAUUUUAAAGAAGAGGGCCCUAUAACCAAAUAUUUAUAUGGAAAACGAGGGUUUUUUUUCCCCCAGAGUGAAGCUUUUUUAAUUCAUCUUGAUGAAUUCUAUAGUAACCAAAAUUUAUAUUAUAAUCUCUUUUAAUUAGCUGUGUUUUAUCAGUUGUUUUUGUCUUAUGACUCAUUAGAUCACUGAGUUUUAUUCAUUAUGUGUCAACUAAACCCCAAUGUAUAUCUUUUUGAAUGCCUGAUCAAGAAAAGAAAGCAUAUUAAAGGCAAAAACGAUUCGUUGAACACACAUUAUCAUACUCUAUACACUAAAAUGCCUCUGGGACACUUGAGGAAUUCGUACUUCUUGCUUAAUCCUUGAUACAUGGUUUGGAAGUUAUAAACCAAAAUAAAUAUUUGCUCGGGGAUAGAGAAAGGAGCAGAGUCUUUGAAUGUUGCUCAAGGGAGUUAAAAAAUUAGAGACUUAAAUGGUCCUAGAAACCACAGCUAGUUUUUCCACUCAAUUCUGAACUUGAUAUUAAAAAGCUAAGCUGGAGACUUCUGAAAAGCACGGUAGAAAAUUCUUGAGUUUUGAAGUGCUUAAGAGACAGAGACCUACCCUGUGCCAUGGGUGUGUGUGUGUGUGUGUGUGUGUGUGUGUGUGUGUGUGUGUGUGUGGAGGUGGAUUGGCUUAAGAGAAUCAGCUGUGUGAGUUCAAAGCCCUGAAAUGAGUGGCAUGUUGACACCGAUGACCUAUAGCUGCUUUUUAGUUGGCUACACUUGCUAUUUGGUCUCAACCAGGUGUGUAGAAUCCAGGUAUAUAGAACUCAUAUUUUGUGGGGCUGUAGUGACAAAAUUGAAAUUUUGAGGGGAUUUAAACACAUACUUGGCCUUUUAUUUGCCAAAUUCUAAAGGUGUGAAUGGUGAAAGGUAAGUAGAAAAUAUCUGGAAAGUGAAGCUAUCACUUGAUAAUGAAGUGACAAAGACCAAUCAUACUCUCAAUUGAAAGCCAUGGAGAGUUAGGUCUUACAAUUAGAGGCAAACCAGAUGUAGACCAGGUCAUCUCAAACCCACAAUACAGCCUCUACCCCUUUGAAUUUUUUAUUGAAUUAUGUACUUUUACUCUAUCUGCACAGCAGAGCAAGGAGUCAAUCCUCUCAUUAUCUGGAACUUCUAUAAACCAGCAUUCAAUAAAAAACUAAGUAGAUGAAGAGACAGGAGUAUUUGAUCAAUAACAAAGGGGAAAGAAACAAUAAAAAGCAGAAGCACAGCUGAUCCAGAUAUUGGAGUUAGCAGACAAGAACAUCUUGAUUGUUAUGCUUAGGAACAUAGAGAAAAUAAGGAACAAAAGAGGUAAGAGGGUGGAGAAUUACCCUAGAAAGUUUGUGUGUGUGUGUGUGUGUGUGUGUGUGUGUGUACAUGUAUGUAUAUGGAUCAAGUAAACUUUGUGGAGCCAUCAAAAAAAUAUAUAUCUGACAAUAAGAACUCAAUGAAUAGGCUUAUAACAUAUUGGACUCAGUAGAUGAUAGCAAUAAUGAACUGGAAGGCUAGUUAAUAGAAAAUGUCCAAAUUGAAGCACAAGUCAGAAAAGAGGAUAAAACACAUUUGGGAUCUGGUCAAAAGAUCUGUCUUAUAUACAAUUUGAAUUCCAGAAAAAGAAGAGAGAGAAAAUCUCUAACAAUAUCUGAAAAAAAAUUCUCAUGAAGAUUUCAGAACAUCAUUACAGAAGCUUUGUUAACUUUUAAGAAGAUUAUAUUCAAAGAAAACCACACCUGUAUGCACAAUGGCAUAACAUCUUAAAUUGCUGACUGUGCUAGCCUACAAUUCUAUAUUCAGUGAAAAUAUCUUUUUAAAAUUAAGAUGAAAUAAAAAUAGUUUAGGCAAACAGAUAUUGAGAGAAUUUAUCACUAGCAGGCUCUCACUAAAAGAAGGUACUGCAAGGGAGCUCCCUUUGGCAGAAGGAAAGUGAUUCUAAAAGAAAAUAUGGAGGAGAGCAUACACUAUAGCUUAGUAUUGAUUAUCCGAAACAGUAGUCAUAAUUUUCUGUGAAAGUUUAAGUUUAGUGAAGUUUAAGUUAAAUAUAUGGAAUUGAAAUGUAAGACAAUAAAACACAAAAGCUAGGGAGUCUUACAUGGAGUUAAAAUAUUCUGUUGUUCUAGGAUUAUUAUGAAGUGUAAUGUUCUGAUUAGGUUAUAAUCAAGGAUACAAGUUAUAAUCUCCAGUGUAACAACUGAAAUAACAGGGAAAGAAUGCAUAUCUAGCAAGUUAAUAAGAGAACUAUAAAUUAAUAAAAAUAUUUGGUUAAUCCAAAAUAAAUAAGUAUGAAAAAUGGAUGGGUCAAUAGAUAACAGAUGAUAAGAUGAUAUAAACCCAAAUAUAGAAGUAAUUAAAUUAAAUACAAAAAGAUUAAAUAAACGUAGUAAAAGUCUAAGAUCCUCAGACUUCAUGAAAAACAACAACCACCACCAUGUGUAGCUUAAAAAAGGCGUACUUUAAAUAUAAGGACAUCAAAAUGUUGAAAAUGGAAGGAUGGAAAAAGAAAGCUGGUGUAGAUACACUAAUUUCAAAUAAAGCAUUAAGGCAAAAAGGACUACUAGAAGUGAAAAGGAGCAUUUCAUAAUGCCAAAGGGACCAGUCCACCUUAAAUAUAUCAUAAUCCUAAGUCUAUUUCAUCCUUAAUAACAUAGUUUGAAAAUAAAUAAAGCCAUAAACUAAACAAAGAAAACACAGAACUCAGAAGAGGUAUGAACAUAUUCACAGUUACAGCAGGAGACUUUAAGACAUCCCUCUUAAGUCUUGCUUAAUCAAGCAGACAAAAUCUCGUGAAGUGUAUAGAAGAUCUGAACAAAGCAAUUUGUAAAGUUGUCCUAAUUGUGCACCAAACUAUCAAUAGAAUAUGUAGCAUUUGUCAAAAUUGGCCAAAUGCUGGGGCAUAAAUAUAACCUUAAAAAAUUCCAAAAGCUUGGAGUCAUUGAGAUUAUGUUCUCUAACAAUAGUGGAAUUCAGUUAGAAAUCAAGUGAAAGAAAAGGACAACUAGAAAAGCCUCGACUUCCUACAAAUUAAGUACCUUACUCUAAAUAACCGUGGAUUACAGAAGAAACUCAAAAAUUAGAAAAGAAACUGGACUGAAUGUUAAUGAAGAUACAAUAUAUCAAAAGUUUCAAGAACCAGCUUAAGCCAUGCUGAGAGGAAACUUUAUAGCUGUAAAUAUAUAAAUUUAGGAAAUAGGAAUAAGAAUUAAAAAAAUUUAUGAUCUGAAUUUCCAUCUCCAGAAAGAAAAUCAAACCUACAGAAAGUAGAAGAAAUGAAGUAAUUAAGAGCAGAAAUUACUGAAAUUGAAUCUGUAGAGUAGAGAAAUUUAAUAAAGUAAAAUUUAGAUCUUUGAAGAGAUUAAUGUAAUUGAUAAACUUUUAACUAAUGGAAAAAAUAGGGUAGAAACAAAGGACAAAUAUUUGUUUGUAUGAUGAAAAGCCCACAGACAAUGGUAAGACAAAGAGGAUGUUAUGAAUAAUUUUACAAAUAAGUUUUGAGUAAAGUUGACAAUUUCCUGGAAAAAUAUAAGUCAUUCAACAUUGAUACAAGAGGAAUUAGAAAAUCUGAAUAGUCAUGAUCUAUUAAAAAAUUAAAUUUAAUGUUAUUAACUCUCAUACAGAGAAAACCCCAGGCCUGAAUGGCUUUAUUGGUGAAUUCUCUAAAAUAUAGUCCUUAUGCAAACCCUUACAGAGAGUGGAAUCAAAGAGAAAACUUUCAAAUUCUUUUUAUAAGGCCAGCAUAAUCUUAAUAUCAAAUGUAUUUAGGACAGUAUAAGAAAGGAAAAUUAUAGACAGCUUUUAAAAUAAAUGUAGAGCACAUAAUGUUCAUAAAUAUUCACAAAGCAGUUGAUACAAUUCCUCAUGUUAACAGAAAACAGGAAAAAAAACCUGACUACCUUGAUAGUGCAAGAGAAGUAUUUAUUAAAAUUCAAUAUUUAUUCAUGAUUAAAAUUUCAUAGCAACCUAGAAAUGGAAGGUAAUUAUCUUACUCUGGUGAAGAUUAGUUGCAAAAUGCCUGCAGCAAAAAUUAUAAUUCCUAGUGAAAUUUUGACAGCUUUCCUCUUGAUAUUAGGACUGUCUAGGGAAAAAUUUCGUGAUACAUAUGUCAGAACUUUACACAGAAAAUCACAAAAUAUUAUUUAGGAAAAUUAAAGGCCCAUAAACUGAAGCAUAUAGCGUGUUAGUGGAUUGUAAGGCCAAGAAGAGCCAGAGCAAUCUUGAAGAAGAACAAAACUGGAAGACUUAAUUAUCAAAUGUUGAGAUGUGUUAUUAGUGCUGUAGUAAUUAUAACAUUAUAUAGGUAUAAAAAUACACAAAUAGACCAAUGGAAUAAAAUAAGAGUCUAGAAACAGACCUGCUGGUUAUCUGAUUCAGGACAAAGGUGACUUUGCAAUUUUGAGAGGAAGAGGUAGUUUUCUCAAUAGAGGAUGUUGAUUCAUUUGGGUACUAUGAAAAAUAAUUAUAUUAACUCUUACCACACAAGCAUCAGUUACAGCUGAGUUGCAGAUCUAAUUGUGAAAGGAAAAAAUAAUGCUCUUGGGAGAAAGCAUAGGUGAAUAUGUUCAUGUGAUCUUGUGCACUAAUAAAACACUAACGUUAAAAAAGGGCUGAUAACAUUGUGCUUCAUUACAUUUAAGAAAAUUUAUUCAUCAAAAGGGUGCCAAUAAGAGAGUAAACAGGUAAUCUACAGAUUUGGAGAAACUCAAGGAAACUUAUAUCUGGAAAUAUAAAGUACUUAUACAAUCAAAAAGAAAAGACCAAUAUCCAAUAGAAAUAUGGGUAACAGUCUUGAAAAGGUACACUAAGUGUUGGCAAGAAUGUGGAGCAAUUCAACUCUCAUAGACUGUUGUUGGUAACAUAAAUUUGUACAACCAUUUUGGAAAAUUGUUUGGCAGUAUCUACCUGAACCUUAUAACCUAGCAAUUCCAAUCCUGUAUGUGUAUAUAUGAAGAAAUAUACAAAAAAAAAAAAAACCAGAAGCGUUCAUAGGAACAUUACUUCUAGUAGCCCCACACUGUAAACUGCCAAAGUACUCAUCAACUAGAGAAUGGAUCAAUAAUAAGUAAGUAUAAUAUUGUUCAGCGAUGAGAAUAAAUGAACUAAAAAUGUAAUGGAAUAAUGUGUAUUCAUCUCAUAAACACAAAGAAGCCAGACUCAAGUAAGUACAUACUGAAUGAUUUAUUUUAUAUAGAGGUAAAAAAUAGACAAAACUAACUGAUGAUGUUAGAAGUCAGGCUAGUGAUUAUCAUGAGAGUGGUUAAUAAUUGGAAGAGUGUGUAAGGGCUAUGAGUUGCUGGUAACAGUUUCUUGUUCUGAGUGCUGAUUAUUCAGGUUAAAUUUUUGAAAACUGAGCAGAACAUUCAUUUGGUGCACCUUUUUUGUAUAUAUGUUAAACUUGAACAAAAUUUUUAAAAAAGAAAUAAAAAGAAGCACUAUCUUCUGUUUAAUUCAUUUCCUUUACUUCACAUUGUAGUGAGCGCUUUUAUGGACUCAGGGAGAGCCUUGGUGUCCUUAGCCAGGAAGAGUUUCCUUUUAUCAUGCAGCUCUGUCCACACCCUUCGUUCAGUUUCUCCCUGCAACUCAGCUCAGCUGUCAUGCUGAUGUGAAACAGGAGCUCAUAAGUAGGGCUGUUCUCUCUCAAGCCUUCCCAGGAGUAAGAACAGUGGUUAAGGUUAUGGGCUUUAAUGGACUUUCCUGCUGACAUGCAGACCACAUUCAAAAUGAGUUAAAAAGUGAGCUGCAGUGUUAACAAAGCAGUGGCCAGGCCGAAUAGCUGUUGAGGUGCUGUCAAGCUUGAAAGGAAGAUUUUUCUUAAAUAAGGAGAAAUUCAGAGAAGCUGCCUUCAAAAAUAAGAACUUGAUUUUGGCAGGAGAAUAAACAAAAGGCUUUGAAAGAAACUCAGAUUCUCAAGCAUCAUUGUCAUUUAACCUAGAAUCAACUACAUAACAACACUGCAAAAAAAGAACUGAAGCACAAUCAUUUACAAGGUCUAGGUGAUUUUCACAUAUCUAUAGAGAAGAAAAAACUGACACUUAUAAUUCUGACAUGUUUAAACUUUACCUGAAGAUUAAAUUAUGCUAAUUAUUAAAAUGUAUAAGAAUUUGCCUUUAUACCGUACAGUCUUUUUAAUUUAUCUUUUUCUGGUGUGUCCUGCCUCCCAGAUUAAAUUCCAAAGCAUAUCCUGCUGGCUUUGCCUACAUAAUAUGUCCAAAAUCUGACCACUGCUUGAUCCUGCUCCAGACUACUAGCAUUUCUCACCUGGGUUUUGGCCAUAGCCACCUAACAACUGUCUUGUGCUUCUGACCUUUCCUUGCCAUAGGCAGAGUUGAGACUUUUAAUCUGAGUCAUAUCAUGUUCCUUCUAGUUUCAAAAGGCCUCAGUGAUUUCCCAUUGAGAGAGAAGUCAAAUUCCUUACCAUGGCCUACAAGAAUUUACCUGAUUUCAUCGCUUUCCACCUCCUACCACCCAUCCACCCUUUAGAAAAUGUUCUUUCUCCAGCAAGCCCCUUCAUUCACUCUGUUAUUCUAUCAGGGGAACCUGCCCCCGAUAUUUCAACAUAGAUUCUUUCUAUUUUCCAUAAGUUUUGGCCGGCUGAGAAAUAAAGAGAAAGAGUACAAAGAGAGGAAUUUUACAGCUGGGUCGCCGGGGGUGAUAUCACAUAUCAGUAGGACUGUGAUGCCCACCUGAGCCUCAAAUCAGCAAGUUUUUUAUUUAUUAAGGGUUUCAAAAGGGGAGGGGCUGUAAAACAGGGAGUAGAUACAAAGAUCACAUGCUUCAAAAGGCAAAAAGCAGAACUACUAAUGAGGGUCUAACAAAGAGCACAUGCUUCUGAGGGAACAGGACAAAGGGAAAAAGCAGAACCACUGACAAGGGUCCAACAAAGAUCACAAGGCAAAGGGUAAAAGCAGAACUACUGAUAAGGGUCCAACAAAGAUCACAAGGCAAAGGGCAAAAGCAGAACUACUGAUAAGGG